AGGCCCGUCCAAUAGACCUAAGGUCGCUUCUUCUUCAUCUUUUGCUUUCUUCUUCUUCUUCUUCUUCUUUUCUUGUUGCCAUCGUUUUGACUCUUUGAAAUUAGAGAUGGUGUUUAUUACAUCUUGGGACGAGUUCGUGGAGAGAUCGGUGCAGUUGUAUCGAGCAAGCCCUGAAUCGACGCGUCAUGUCAUGAAGUACCGACAUUGUGAUGGAAAAUUGGUUCUCAAAGUUACUGAUGAUCGUGAGUGUCUCAAGUUCAAGACAGACCAAGCACAAGAUGCUAAGAAGAUGGAGAAACUCAACAACAUCUUUUUCACUUUGAUGGCCCGUGGACCUGACGCCGAUAUAUCGGAUGUUACAGGAAAAGAGCAGCCAGAAGCACAGCCUGCUAAAAAGGGUAGGGGAAGAAAACAAUGACAAAUUUUGCAUUUCUGUUUUUACAUUGAGGGGUAGGUUGGUUACAAUUUUUGUAAAAGAUUUUCUUCAAAUGGUUUAAAAGAAAACUUUUUCUCUGGAAAUUAUGAAGGGACUUUUUCCUGCAAUUUUCUUAUGAUGUUUUUGAAGGCUAACUGAAUACUACUAUUUUAAGUUAAUCCUUGCUGGUGUUAAAUUGAUGGAAUUUAAGUGUUUAU